ACGAGGACGAGCGCCGACGGAAAGAGCAACCAAGUGCUAGAAGCCAAACUUCCGCACCCGGGAAACGUGUCGCGUGUGCUCCGAGUGGAAAAUACGGACGGAUUCGGGGUGUGCCGGCAAAAAGCCCGCUAAAAGAAUUCCAACUAUGCGUGCGACCACAAAUCAAAAUCAAAAUACGAAUUUAUGAAAAGUGUUUCCCAUUAAGAGUAAAAGUAAAAGUGUUCGUGCGUGGGCCAUCGGCUAAUUGCUCGUGUUCCACAGCCACAGGCCACAGCACACGCACUCAAAGGUUGUUUCACCUCACCAAAGUCUAAAAACCAAUCAAAGAACAGUCAAGUGAAAAGUUGAAAUAAAAGAAAGUGAACCAAAAAGGAGAACCAUGUUGCCAGGAGUGGAGCUGCUGCUGCUGCUCCUGCUCAGCCCGUCGCUUCUUGCAGAGAUCUCCCACUUACCGAUGGUCAGCAAUCGCAUUAUCCUGGACUCCACGGAGCUGCUCCAGCCGCCUUUGAUACCAGACGCCGAUUUGCCAGCGGUUAAGGCGACGCCAGUUCCGCCGCAGAAGUGUCCUUCGUUGCAGCGGUACCGCAAGAUGUUGAAGGACUUCGACGACCUGGAGGACCUCUAUGUGGAUGUGCCCGUGCACAUCGCCUUGGCGGAGCGACAGAGAAAGCGAUUUGUGCUGAACCUGAACGACUCGACGCCGCUGACGAUUCGCUUCUCGGCGCCCGUGGGCCGCAAGAUGUACUACAAUCAGACAGGAAAUCUUCUCCGGCCCCCGGCAGUGGCACCUGGUCCAGGUGUGGCUGUGGGCAGUCUGGUGCUGCCCUGCGCCCUGCGCGGCCAGUACGACCUCUUCGUCCUGGCCCGCCACUCCGGAGCCCUCAAGGUGGACGCCCUGGCAGAGCAUCCCCAGAACGACUGGCCCCUGCUCAAUGCCACGCACCGGAUCGCCAUUCGGACCCAGAACCGCGUGCGGAAGCGCGAGAUGAUCGUCAAGUGGGACAGGAGCAAGUUUGAUUACCAUGUCAUGCACUAUUGCCUGGUGAUACAGCGACUUUCCGUGGACUCCCCGCCGAUAACCUUUGACAAUUUCUGCCAGGCGGUAGCCGCCUACGUGGACCAGCGACCUAUGACGCCCACUUGCUCCGUAGGCAACCCCGUGGACCUGGUUUGGGGUACACCACCGCAGCGGGAGAGAAGACUCAAUCCCCGUCAGAGCCUACACAUCGUGUGCACCGGGAAGAAGCGUCAGCAAAUGCUUCGACGACUACUCCCGCGGAGCAAUUACCAAUUAGAUUUGUUUGGAGUCCACCAAGCCCGUCAGAACCUCACCGUCCGACUGGCCAGCAGCCAGGUGAACUUCAACAGGACUCAACCUUUGGCUUUGAAGCAGCAGGCUCUGAUGCAGCUCAAGAUAGGUGGUCAGCAUGGCAAACAGGUGUACAGCUUCAAGGUUCCGCAGACGAUAGUCCAGGUGGAGGAGCCAUUUAUGAGGCACCUCUUGAUUCCUUGCUCGGGCAGCGAGAUCCGGGUAAAACUGCUGCGCCAGCGCAACGAGGUGGGGAAAACGGAGGCCUUCUAUAGUCCCACUUAUAUCAGGCAGAAGGGCGUUUUACCAGGCGAGCGGUAUCUCAUGAGGUUUGAGCCCAGCAACGAGGAUGAAGCGUUGCGGGCCCAGAAAGUUAUGGUGGCCUUGAGCAGCGAAGCCUUGUUCCGGGACUUGCCAGAACUGCCGCUGAACACUACUGUUUUCAACGUGCGCACGAGGUGCAACAGAGCCACGAUUGCCUGGAAUGGGUCUCCAGAUGAGCGCGAGCUUAGCUACUGCAUCAUAGUGUUCAAUCUGCCGCAGCGCAAUCGCAGCGUGGUGGACUCCACCAACUACUGCAUGGACUUCGUGCCCAAGCGGGUGAUGCAGUACAGGAACUUUGAGUGGAUGACCUGUAGGGAGCGGCAGCAGAGUCCCGACAACAUCGAAACGGAGACCAUACUGAACCUGAUGCCGGGCUCCAGUUACCUGGUCUACGUGACCGCCAACUUGAGCAUGGGCAAACCCCUGCCCUACCAGGCACUGACCCUCCACAUGGCCAGCCAAUGCCUGGAUGGGUCCCACGAGUCCUUCUACUAAGCGUUGCGAGCUAGGAGUCGUAACCCCAAAAAGCUUCGCUGCAUUUUCGAAUACAAACACUGAACUAUCCGUCGUUGUAAAGCUACCUUAUCCACUAUGAUUACUACACUAUCCUACAAGAACUAUGCUGGUUAAAAGACUAUACACCUAGCUCCAUAUACUAUACAUAUAUAUACACUCAUAUAUAUAUAUAUAUACAUAUAUACAGAUGUUCGUGGCAAAUGUUGUGUGAGCGAGUGAGUGUGUGCGUGUGACUUAUGAUUGAGUUUGCCAUUUGAUUCCAAGUAUUUUCGAGUGCUUAGUUUUGUAAUUUUUAGCUAGCCGUUAAUGUUUGUAAAAUAAUGUUUUUCAUUGGUUUUCCCACUCUGCUUGCCGGGUAAUCGUUUUCUAGAUUUUAGCCUUAGCACUCCUAGUUUAAAGUUAGUUUUCGUAGGCCUUUGCUGUUAAGUUUAAACCGUAAACAAAGAGUUUGUGUAGUUCUUUUGUACAUUAAGCUUACAGUUAGCUCUACAUUAGAUAUACCAUUAUGAAUAUAUAUGUGCGUUGAAAGCGUUGUAUUUUUUGAAGCCGAACUUAUGCAACCGAAAGGAGGACAAUAAACAAAUGUGCUAUAAAACGAGGAAAGUGUCGCAAAUAAAUGUGAAACCACUGCUAAAGAAAACCGA